AUGUCCACACUUCGUCAACAAGAUCUCAUUACAAGCACUUGUGUCUUCACCACCAACCACACAAGUAUGACAAAAAUGCGUCGGGAAUUGAAUCCGUGGAUCUUGCAUCCUGCGCUCAAUUUCAGAGGUGAGUUCUUUCCCUUUCUCUACUCUUGCGCGGAGGAGAUGGACUUUUGUACUGAGCUUUGUCAGGGUAUUGGUGGUGAUGUUGCUGGAUGGUUUUUGGAGAGUUGGGACUGGUUCGAGGAAGAUGACUGGUCUGAAACGGUGGGAUAG